UGGCAUUCACCAGGGGAGAGCUCAUUCUUCCAUCUCUCAACCCGACUAUAGGAUGCCUAGUCAAGUCAAUACACAUGGUUUUAUGAAUGAACCUCAUCACAAUAUGAAUCCGUUGUGUAGAGGAUAUCCAAGCAGUCAUAUUUCACAUGUUUCAAGACCACCCUAUCCUAUAUAUAAUGUUGGUUCCAGUAGAACUUACAGUGACAUCGAAACAUACGGAAACCCUGUUUUCGGUAGCCAGUAUAGGCCAAACACUGUAGGGAACAACAAUAUGGGUUUUCAUGGAAGACCUUAUGUUGAAUACAGAGACUUUCAGCCUGACCUGCCUUUACCUGCAGCAGCCACAUCUUUGCAUCCUCCAUAUGGGGAACCGACUCUAAGGCCUCAACAUGGUGGAUUACCUGAUAACAUCCAGUAUCCAGGGAGAUAUGCUUCUCAAUAUCCAAAAUACUAGCACUGAAACUAAUCAGACAAUGUCAAUGUUAAGUGGAGCAAGACAUCAUUGACAGCUAGAACUGGUAAUUAUGGAUAUUUGUUUGUGUUUUAGAUAUAUCUUAAUAUUUAUCAAUUACUGAAUGAGUGUCAGCAAU